AGCCAGCGGUUGGUCCCCUCAGUGACUCAGAGCUGCAGCUCGAUAGAGGAAGUGAGAGACAGACAGGCCAACAGGCUGGAAGAGAGACAGGCGGCUGAGAAGCCGAGGACAGUUCGACACAAGAGACGAGACCCAAAGAGAUUAACUGAGGAAUUCUGUCCGCUGUGACUUAGAUUUGAUGUUUCCCAGCUGUUUUCUCUCACCGAAGCUGAAGCAGACGGGACAUUUCCACUGGUCACAGACGUUUGAAGUCUGGAGGAUUAUGGUGGUGCUGGGUCCCUGUGACGACUGGCAGCACCGACACAAUGCAGAAAUGUAAAGUAAAAGGUUUUCUGUGGUUCAUCUGGCUGCUGCUCCUGCAGGAUCUGAGCGGAUCAGCUCCAACAGAUGACCCCUGUGGCAUCACUUUGCUUGACCAAACAUCUAGCUUGGACAGUGUGUCCGUAACAUUGACAGCAACUGGGACCAACUGCUCCUUCACUGUGUCGUCAGCUGAGGUGGAAGCAGAAGGAGCGGAGUGUAAGAGAAAGAGCGGUCAGAAUGAAGAGAUGGAGACCAACGAGAUUGUGCUGGACAAGGAGGAAAGGAAUUCCAAGAGGCUAACUGGGGAGACGUAUUUGGGAAACAGCCUGCUGGAAGGAGACGAUGGAGAUGGAAACCAAAAUCACAGUCACAUCUUCAACUGUGUGUUAGAGCACCUGGAGCCUGGGACUGCGUAUCAGCUGAAGAUCCAGUCCAGCAACAACCAGACUGUGAACCUCACCCUUCACACUCGCCCAUCAUCUGUGCUCGGCCUGGCAGUGACCUCCAGGACCAGCAGCAGCCUGGGACUCGCCUGGCAGGCUGGUCCGGGCCGCACGGAGCGCUUCAGGCUCCAGCUGCGGAAGUUUAAUGAUGGUCUGAAUCACACAGGUUUGUUGAUGAACGAGAUGCUGGAAAGCACAGCCGUGCAGUACACGCUCACAAAACUCACGCCAGGAUGGAGUUACAAUAUUACAGUGGUGACGGAGGCAGGUGGUUUGCAGAGCAGCAGAAUGAUAACAGCCCAGACAGUCCCAUUUGCAGUUUUCAACCUCACUGCCUCCAACAAUGGCACCGAUGUGUGGUUGUCAUGGCGACAACCUGAGGGUGGCCUGGAUCGACUGAUGGUUAACCUCUUGUCCAAUGGUUCAAAGGUGUGGGACACGACUUUGCUCCCAAACGCAACUCACAUCACCAUCGACAAGGUCACGCCUGGAUCAGAUUAUCAGGUCCAAGUCUUAUCACAAAGCGGUCACCUGACCAACCAGUCACAACUCACUGUUCACACAGCUCCUGUGCCUGCAUCCCACCUUUCCCUGGUGCCAUCCUCCUGUGGUGGCCUCCUCCUGUCUUGGUCGCCCCCUGCUGGACACUGGGAGAGCUUCAGUCUUGAACUGUAUGACGGACCGCAGAUGGUGGAGAGCUUCACUCUUCCGAAAGAGUCUGAAAACUUCACAAUAAGUGGGAGCAGACUGCAUCCUGGGAAGAUGUACAAAGCCACACUGAGGGUGACGAGUCGAGGAAUGAUGGUGGACAGCAGCUGUGAAGGCUCAACAGCUCCGGCGCCUGUGUCUGACCUCCACAUUAGACAUGCAGAUGACACCUCGCUGAGCGCGAUGUGGAGCCACGCCCCAGGUUCACGCCUCGGCUACUUCCUCACCCUCACACAUGAUAACGUCACCCUGCACACAAGACAGGUGGAGCCCAACACGAGAGAGUGCACGUUUAACGUUCUCACCCCCGGGAGGCGCUACACCAUCACAGUGACGACCAGGAGCUGGAAUCUGAACGCGUCUGUGGAGGUUGAGGGAAGAACAGUUCCCAAGGAGAUUCGCACCCUCACUCUACGCAGCUCUGGAGUAAACAGUCUGGAGGCAUCAUGGAAAAAACCCUUUGGAGAUGUGGACUCAUACACGCUUACUUUGCUGCGAGACUCUAUCGUGAUUCAGAAUGUUAGCAUUCCAGCUAAUUCGUCUUCAACGCUGCUGCUGCCUGGUUUGACCCCUGGCGCCCUCUACAGGUUGCAAGCAGUAGCUGUCAGUGGGGGUGUACAGUCAAAGACCACCAGUAUCGAGGGGCGAACUGUGCCAGCCUCUGUUACGGAGGUAACGGUUGCCAACGGCGGCAAGUCAGACGCCCUGCAGGUGUCGUGGCUGCCUGCAGAGGGCGUGCUGGACAACUACCUGGUGCAACUUUUGGACCAGACUCGGACCAUCCAUACGCUAGUGGUGUCAAGAGCAUCACCUCCUGAGUGUUCCUUUUCCUCCCUGACUCCUGGGCGGUUGUACACCGUUGUCAUAGUAACCAGGAGCGGCGGGCUGGAGAACGCCACCAUCGUCCGAGAAAGAACCCAACCGUCCAGCGUGCACAACCCAACAGCCUCCCACUCUGCCACGGAAUACUUCCUCAAGGUUUACUGGCGUCAUGCAGCUGGAGAUCUGGACCGCUAUGUGGUUCUGAUCAGCUACAACAACAGCGUGUUGCAGAACAAGACUGUCUCCCCGGCACACAACGAGUGUGUCUUCUCCUCCUUGACUCCUGGGAGACUUUACACUGUCACGGUGGAAACCUGGAGCGGCAGCUACAUGAGCACUGCCUCCACUGACGGACGCACGUUUCCGGCAGCUGUGACUAAUCUAACGCUCAGCAACGCAGGGACCAGUGAUUUAACCAUCACCUGGAGCCCGGCUGCUGGGGAUGUGGACCAUUAUGAGGUGACUUUGCUCUUCAACGAUACUCGGGUUUUCCCUCCUGUCGUCCUCGGCAAUAAAGUUCGACACCACCAACUGACCUCCUUGACCUCGGGGCGGCUGUACAAGAUCGUGGUGUCGACCUUCAGUGGGCAGAACCAGAGAGCCCAGUUCAUACAGGGGCGGACAGUGCCCAGCACCAUCAGGAACCUUCACCUGGUUCCUCACCAGACGCUCCUUGGACAACUGAUGGUCACCUGGACUCCAGCAGAUGGAGACCUGGACAUGUACAUCGUCUCCCUGUCAGGACCUGAUGGUAAGGUGGUUGAAUCCCGUUACGCCCCCAAACACGUCUCCUCCCUGGAAUACCUGAAUCUGACCCCGGGGCAGGUGUACACCGUGAUCGUCCAGUCCCUGAGUGGGCAGCUGUCCAACAGCCACAGGGCGACUGGCCGAACUGCGCCGGCGCGGGUCACAGCCCUGCAGGCUGAUAAUGACCACACCACGCACAGUCUGACCAUCACCUGGGAGACACCACUGGGCCUGUAUGACGGCUACCGCCUCCUGCUGACCGAUGAGAGAGGGGCGGUGGAGGCCAACCGCACGGUGGGAGCGGAAGAGCGCCGUCAGCAGCUAGAGGGCCUUGUGUCGGGGAAGUGGUACCACGUCAGCGUGGUGACUGUGAGUGGCGGGGUCACGUCCGCAGAAGCCAUAGCUGAGGGUCAAACACGUCCAGCUGCGGUCAGCAACCUAACAAUGACGUCAUCCAACUUGUCAUCUCUGGCCUUCUCCUGGCUCCCCUCUGACGGUCAGGUGGAGAUCUACGACCUGUCGCUCUACAGUGUUGCUGAGGCGGAGUCCCAGCAGGGGGGCCGCAGAGUGCAUCACCAGCAGGGAUUGGAAAAUCUGGUGGCCCUGCAGAAGGUGGGUCCAUCUGUGGACAAGUGUGUGUUCACCGGUCUGAGGGCAGGAAGUCUGUACAAACUUCAAGUGGUCAGCUGGAGCCGCGGAAUGAGCAGCGACUCCUCCGUCCUGGCCAGAACAGUUCCAUCUCCAGUGUCAUCACUUCAGGUCCUCAGCUCAGGUCACAUGGACAGAGUGACGGUCAGUUGGCAGCAUGGUGAAGGAAGCUGGAGCAGCUACCAGGUGAACCUUUUUGACACCUCUGGAGCCACUCUGGGAACACAGAUGCUGGGGGCAGAGCACAAGAGUCACAUGUUCACCGGUCUGACUCCAGGUCGGCUGUAUCGGGCCGAGGUGGUGACCCACAGUGGAGGCUUCACCAACAGCUUGUCCGCGUUUGGACGCACCACUCCUGAGCCGCCCGCCCACUUGUCAGUCAAGCAAGGCCCAACUAACAGCACCAUAGAGCUGUCCUGGGCUGGUCCUGCGUCAGGAGACUACGACAACUUCAGCCUGAGGUGGACACCUCCGGACCACCUGCUGAUCGUCCAGUCCCACCUGACCAGUCGGGUUGUUGGAGGAAUGUUUCCAGGCAGACAGUACAACUUCAGCCUGAUGACCCUCAGUGGGGGAGAGCAGGGGGACAAGGUCACGGUCUGGAGUCAGCCCGUGUUCAAGAGUGUCCGCACAAGUCCGUCCGGCCUGAAGUCCCUCCACUGCUUCCCCGUCUCCUCCUCCUCCAUCUCCUGCUCCUGGUCUCCACCUGAGUCUGACUUUGACUCUUACGAGGUCGAGUGUCGGCGUCACGGGGACGGUGAGUUGACCUCAGCGCUGCGCCUGGCGGAGGGCAUCACCAUGGUGACGCUGGACCGACUGGAGGCGUACCGGAAGUACUCUAUAACGGUUCGAGUGUCAUCAGCUGGACAGAUGAGUCCGCCGGCAUCGCACACAACUGUGACCAUGAUCGACCGGCCUCCUGUACCGCCACUCACCACACGUGUGAGCGAGAAGUCCUCUAAGGUCACGUCUUCCUCCAUCUUGUUCCGCUUUAACUGUUCGUGGUUCAGUGACGCCAAUGGAGCCGUCAGAUACUUUGCAGUCGUCGUAGCUGAAUCAGAUGCCAGUGAAAUCCUGCAGCCAGAGCAGCGCCACCCCCUGCCAUCAUACCGUGACUACAUCCACAACUCCUCAGUCAGAGCUUACCAAACCGCCUACUUCCCCAGCCGCUGCCCUCAAGAGACCGACAGCACUGCAGCUCAGGUGGUGGAGGUCAACCUGGGGGCAGGAGGAGACAGGCUGGGUGGGUCAUGUGACCAUUACCAUGACGACGACCUUUACCUGAGGGACAGCUACGGAGGGUUCUGCGAUGGACCCUUGAAAUCGAAAACCUCAUACAGGCUGAGUGUGCGAGCAUUUACCAAACUGUUUGACACGAACCACAGAGAGAUUUCGGAGCCUCUCUUCACUGACACCUAUCUGUCUGCUCCUGUCAGAACCCACUCGGAGCCUCUCAAUGGCGUGGUGGAGGGUCUGAGCGCUGGGAUGUUUCUGAUCGGGAUGUCUGUGGCCGUCAUCUCACUGCUGGUCUACCGACAGAGGCUUCGCAAAGUGGCCGUGCGAGAAAACCCUGUGGUGAGAAUGAGCAUGUGGAAGGAGGUACCGACUGCAGGGAUGUACGUGGGUGUGAGGAGCAACCGGCGAGUCACCAGUCCCAUCAAAGUGUGCCACUUUGAGUCCCAUCUGAACAAACUUCAGGCGGACUCCAACUACCUGCUGUCAGAGGAGUUUGAGGACCUGAAGGACGUUGGCCGCAAUCAGACAAUGGACGUGUCGCGGCUGCCGGAGAACCGAGGAAAGAAUCGCUACAACAACAUCCUGCCAUACGACUCCACCAGAGUGAAACUGUCGUACCUGGAGGACGACCCCUGUUCGGACUACAUCAACGCCAGCUACAUACCAGGACACAACUACCGCAGGGAGUACAUCGCCACUCAAGGCCCGCUGCCGGGCACCAAGGAUGAUUUCUGGAGGAUGGUGUGGGAACACGGCGUCCACAAUGUGGUCAUGGUCACCCAGUGCGUGGAGAAGGGACGGGUCAAGUGUGACCAGUACUGGCCUGCGGACAGAGAGCCCCUGUACUACGGUGACCUGGUCCUUCAGAUGCUGUCAGAGUCUGUCCUGCCUGAGUGGACCAUCCGAGAGUUCAGGAUCACAGCUGAGAGGAGCAGUGGUUACCCUCGAGUGCUGCGUCACUUCCACUACACGGUGUGGCCGGAUCAUGGGGUUCCCGAGAGCACGCAGUCUCUCAUCCAGUUUGUCCGAACAGUCCGCGACUAUGUGGACCGAUCGCCCAGCACCGGAGCCACUGUGGUCCACUGCAGUGCCGGCGUUGGACGGACCGGGACAUUCAUCGCUUUAGACAGAGUCUUGCAGCAGAUGGACUCCAAAGGAACCAUUGACCUCUAUGGUUGCGUGUUUGACCUGCGCUUACACCGCCAGCACAUGGUCCAGACUGAGUGUCAGUACUCCUUCUUGCACCAGUGUGCUCGGGACGUCCUGAGAGCCCGGAAGCAUCGCAGCGAACAGGAGAAUCCUCUCUAUCCCAUCUAUGAGAACUUCAACCCGGAGUACUGCAGGGACUUCAUCUACAAUGGGCGUUGAGGAGAAAAACGGGUUUCACGUCAAUUAGAUUUUAAAAAUUCAUAAAAAGUGAUGCAAACAUUUGAAAAACAAAUUAAAAUCAAUAAAAAUAAAUCAUGGCUUAAAUUAAAAAUAAAGCAUAAUAAAGCAGUACAUUUAAUUGAACAUGCAUCAUGCAAAUGAAUGUGCAAAAAAAACAGGGGAAAUUGAAAAUUGUUUCCGUUUAAUGAUGCGUUCCAGUUGUGCUCGGACCUGGGAAGAUCCCAGUUUUCCAAGUGGGAAAAUUCAAGAUGGCUGCCAUGAACUUAAACAGGAAGUAAAAGUUUAGAAUCUGAAAUAUGGCAAAGGAAACACAGCAACAAAUUUGUGUUUCCUUCCAUCCUGCGGGAUUUCCAUUAUUGAACAGAGUUUAUCAACAAGUUGCUUAUAGCCGGACAAAGCACGUGUGAAAGUAGCUUUCAUGGGCGUCGCUAUCUUCUUUCCCGACUUCAAUAACUGGAACACAUUGAACUUGUCUGUGAGGUCACUGCCAACUCCAACUUCCCACGUCUGAGGCAACUGGAACGCAGCAUCUUACCCAGGUAGCAUCAACAUGGCCAGCAUCAGCAUCAAGCCCAGCUAACUCACAACAGGGAAGGAGAGAGCCAUCUAUUUUUAUACCCUACAUGUUAGAUUUUCACUCUGUAUAAGCUGUUUAUUUAAGGAAUAACACACAUUGCUGUAUGUAAAUAUUGAAUACUCUUUUUUAUACAUUUAUCUACUGUAUACCAUAGUUUUUUAUGCUGUAAUAUUUGCACCAUUUGCUAGCAGGGAUUGUAAUCUUCUGAUGAAUGCAGCUCUACUAGAUAGAUCGACUUAACGUGUAAUGCUUUGAUAAAGUUGUCUAUAUUACUUAACGUAAAUUCUAGAACCUAUUUUUCAAACCUAAUUUGUUGUACAUUUUUUAUUGAGAGCAACUAUGAGACAAUAUAUUAAUAAGUAAGUCCACAAUAAAUGAUAUGAAAAACUCACAUUAAAACUCUUGUUAAGAAUUGAAUGAUAUAUUUUUUUCUCACGUUGGAAUACAAGGUUGGUGUCAGUUAUGUGCUGAAAUGUACAAGUGAGCUGCUGCAGGAACAUUGGUAUCGUGUUCAAUGAUGACGUGGCCUGAUUCCUGUUGACUUUAAAUCCUCAAUUGAUCAUCUGCUGAACAAAAGUGUGAAAUAAAACAAAAGUUU